AUGUGGUCAAGAAAAAAACAUGUGGUCAACCUAACAAACUUUGUUAGCACAUGUGGUCAAAAAUGCGCGGGUAGUGGUAGAUGGUCAGGGAACCGGAUGCCAAAAAAGACAAGGUACUUUUGGAAAACCAGGAGAUUAGACCUUGCUUCUACGGCUAAAUUCUGCACCACUUGUCGUACCUUAGGUCACACAAGAUGGACAUGCACUUAUGGAAACCACUGCUUCCGUUGCAAUGAGAACUCCCACUCCACCGGUGGUCACUUUGCCUACAUGGAGGCACAAGAGGCCAAGGUAGCAAAGACCACCGGUUAUACACUCAUAUCAAAAAACAAAAAAAAGAGGAGGGUCCAGAUCCCUGGAUACCCACCAAAAAACUCACCAGCCAAUCAAGGCCAAACUAUUUCAACCAAUCAAGGGACUACUAAAAACUUACCAGCCGACCAAGGCCCAACUACUCCAGCCGAACAAGGCAAAACUACUUCAGCCGAACCUGGAAAGGUUCAAAACACAAGUGCAAUCACUGCCCCAACAGAACCUGUCUCCCAAGAUGGUGUUCAAACUCCCAGUGAAAACACUGACCCAUUUAAAACUGUUGUUACAAACUGGGUUCCAACCAUCAGGGAACACACUGAACCGGUCGUUGAAGGCCUUAACAAAAUAAACUACACCAACAACUCCACUGUCACCACACCAAAACCAGUAAAACCAUUGGAAAGUGUGUGGAUGAACGAAACCUCUAAGGAGGAUGAGGAGAUAACUAUCUUGGAAGAAAGAAAAGUCCCAAGAAUAAGAAAACCAGCACAAAACCCGGUAUCCAUGUCUUCUGAAGAAGAUGAUGAAAAUGAUGCUGAUUAUACUGAUGAAACCAUGGAUGAAGUUUCUGAACAAGAUUCAGAAGAUGAUAACAUGGAAACAGAAGACUACCAAGAUGGAAUUACUAAUGUUGAUGUACCAGAAGAAACAAUCAACCAAUUUAUUCAGAUUAAAAAUGAGAGUCAGUACUGA